CUCACACAAAAAAUAAAAAGUACCACUACUAUGUAAAAAAAACCUUCACAUCCCCAAUCACUCACAACACAACCAUAUAAAUACAACACAUUGUCACACCCUCUUGAAAAUUGUACCCCUCUCUCUCUUUAGAAAAAAAAAAGAAAGAAAUGGAGGUGAAGAAGAAUAGUGUGUUGUUGAAGGUGGUGUUGGUGUUGUUGGUGAGUGUUAUUGCAAGAUGUGAUGUGGACAAGGACAGGGAGAAGUGUGCAAAUGAUCUUGUUGGAUUGGCAACAUGUCUCCCCUAUGUGAGUGGUGAGGCAAAGUCUCCACCAAUUGAUUGUUGCACUGGUCUCAAACAAGUCUUGCAAAAGAGCCCACAAUGCAUUUGUUUGUUGGUCAAGGAUAGAAAUGAUCCUAGCCUUGGCUUCAAGAUCAAUGCCACCCUUGCCCUCUCCCUCCCCUCUCAGUGCCACGCCGAAAAAGCCAACGUCACCGACUGCACCGCUUUGUUACAUCUUGCGCCAAAUUCGCCUGAUGCUAAGGUUUUUGAGGAUUUUGCAAAUAGUGGCAAGAAAACUAAUGCUACUGCACCUUCUGCUGCUGAUACAUCGAGCGGAAAAGCAUCAGCAGCAACAACAACAACGUCGACGAAAGAAGUUAGCGGUGGCGGAGGAAAGAAACAGAGUUACUGGCUAGGAGUUUUAUUCACAAUGGUGGUGGCUUACAAUUUAUCCAAGCUUUGAAUUUCUACAUGUAUUUUUAAGGAGGGAAAAAAGGAAAAGGCCAAAUGUUUGUUUAGUUUUCUUCAUCACACUCUUAUUUGUAUGUGUUCCUCAUUCCAAAUUUUCAUAUUAUUAUUAUUAUUAUUCCUAGGAUUCUCUUCA